AUGUCGACCAAGAUGAAGGGCAAGCUCCCCGAGGUCAUUGACCUCACCCAAUCCAACUCGUACAAGCCGUACACGGGCGCGAAGAAGCUGGUCAUCAAGAACCUGAGGCCGACGGCAAAGAACGAGCAGUUGGAGCAAUACUAUAAAAGGACAGAGCAGGAACUACUCGAUGCUCUGCAAGACAUUUUCAACGGGCGCAAGCCGCAGUUGCCUUUGGAGAGGCUGUAUCGAGCAGUCGAGGACAUCUGUAGGCGCGGGAACAGCAAUGAUUUGCAGCUCUACGAAACACUACGCAGGAAAUGCGAGGAGCAUCUCACCGGCACUGUGCUGCGAUCUAUCAAGGCUCAUGGUGGAAACACGAACGUUGAAAUGCUGCGGAGCGUUCUCAAGCAUUGGCGAGUGUGGAACGGCCAAAUUAUGACGAUACGAUCUACAUUCAGCUGGCUUGACCGCACAUUCGUGCUGAAAAACAAGAACCUCACUUCAAUUAACGACAUGACAAUUACUCAGUUUAGAAGGAUGACGUUCCCGUCGCGAGAAGAUGCCGACGGCCCAUCACCAGGUGGGCGGGCGCUACGGGGCAUGUACGACUUGAUUUCUUACGACCGGACUGGUGACGAACGGUUUGACGCUACCCUACUGAAAGAAUCCGUCAUGAUGCUCCACGUCUUCAAUAUCUACACGAAGCUAUUCGAACCCCGCUUCAUAGACAGCUCAGCCGAAUAUUUCCAAGACUUUGCGGAGGAACGAAGCUCAUCGAGUCUGAAAGAGUACAUCCUUGCAUGUGAAAGACUCCUUAAGAGGGAAGACUACAGAUGCAAUGAGUACAAUCUCGAUUCCACCACAAAGAAACAACUACUCGAUGCCGCUCACGGUAUUCUAGUCAACAACUACUCCGAUAAGCUAUUGAACAACGAGAGUCUCUCGAAAUUAUUGGCUGAAAACGAGGUCGAGUCUAUGAAGGCGCUCUAUGAGCUGUUGAGACUAUCGGGUAUUCAGAAGAAGCUGAGGGCCCCAUGGAGCGCGUAUAUCAAGAAGACCGGAGCAGCCAUUGUGGCCGACAAGGAACAUGGCGACGAGAUGGUACGGAGGUUACUUGAGCUGAAGAGGUCGCUCAGCCUGAUCAUUCGGGAUUCCUAUGGAGGCGACUCAGACUUCCUGAAUGAGCUCAAGAAUGCCUUUGGCGAAUUCAUGAACGACCGCACAAUCGAAAAGACGUGGACAUCAGGAACGUCCAAGGUUGGAGAAAUGAUUGCGAAGUAUAUCGACAUGCUGCUUCGUGGCGGUCUGAAGGCACUGCCCAAGGCGUUGUUGUCAGAUAACAAGGACCGCGCUGCGGCAGAACAGAGUGGCCAAGCCAGCACUGGAGACGAAGAUGCGGAGCUUGAUCGACAACUGGACCAGGCCUUAGAGCUGUUUCGAUUUAUUGAAGGCAAAGAUGCCUUCGAAGCGUUCUACAAGAAGGAUCUGGCCCGUCGCCUGCUCAUGGGUAGGAGUGCCAGUCAGGAUGCCGAGAGAAACAUGCUCAGGAAACUGAGGGAAGAGUGCGGUACCAACUUCACACAUAAUCUGGAGCAAAUGUUCAAGGAUGUCGAGGUGGCCAAGGAGGAAAUGGAGACGUACAAGCAGUGGUCAGAAGGCACUGGCGCGGGCAAGGCUCCAAUAGACCUGUCCGUCAUGAUUCUGUCCGCGGCUGCUUGGCCAACGUACCCCGACGUAAGGGUUAAUCUGCCAGACGAUGUUGCCAAGCAGAUCGAGCGUUUCGAUCAAUACUACAAGAACAAGCAUACUGGCAGGCUUCUCCACUGGAAGCAUGCAUUGGCGCACUGCAGCGUCAAGGCGAAGUUCCCUAAGGGUACCAAAGAGUUGCUCGUCAGUGCAUACCAAGCCAUUGUUCUUGUUCUGUUCAAUGAGGUUGGACUGGAUGGCUUUCUCGCAUAUGAGCAAAUCGCGCGCUCCACAAACCUUCAAGGGGACGAGCUAGCGCGAACACUACAAUCUCUUGCCUGUGGCCAGGUCCGCGUGCUAGCCAAACAUCCCAAGGGCAAGGACAUCAACCCGACCGACACCUUCACCAUCAACAAGGCAUUUUCACACCCCAAGAUCCGAGUCAAGAUCAACCAGAUCCAGCUCAAGGAGACCAAGGAAGAGAACAAGGCGACGCACGAGCGUAUUGCACAAGACAGACGGUUUGAGACUCAGGCUGCCAUCGUCAGAAUUAUGAAGAGCCGGAAGGCGAUGAGCCAUGGUGAGUUGGUAGCCGAAGUCAUCAACAUGACCAAGAACCGCGGUGCCGUUGACGCGGCGCAGAUCAAGAAGGAGAUUGAGAACCUUAUCGACAAAGACUACCUGGAGCGCGAGGGUAACACUUAUACGUACCUGGCGUAG